GUUCCAAAUAGUAUUCUCGUGUUAUCAGAAAAGGAUCAAAUUGCUGUAAUCCCACCACUUAGCGGAGGAUAAUAUGGAAACAUCAAAAAAUUUUGUUAAGUUACAACACGAGGAAUUAAAUAUUACGGAAAUUAUAGAUUUAGUAACGUAUUCUAAUUGUGGUGCAAUAUCUACCUUUAUUGGAAUUACCCGAGAUAAUUUUGAAAAUAAGGAAGUAGUCAAGUUAGAAUAUGAAGCAUAUGAAUCAAUGGCUUUGAAAGAAAUGAUCAAUAUUUGUACCAAAAUUCGUGAACAAUGGAAUGUAGAAGGCAUUGCUAUAUAUCAUCGUAUUGGAGAAGUACUAAUAUCUAAAGCAAGUAUUGUAAUAGCAAUUUCCUCUCCUCAUAGAGAGGAAUCAUUGAAAGCAGUGGAAUAUGCUAUUAAUGCGUUAAAAGCAUCAGUGCCUAUUUGGAAAAAAGAAGUGUAUAAAGAGGGAGAAACACAAUGGAAGGAAAACAAAGAGUGUACAUGGAUAAAUACUUUGAACAGUAAAGAUGUUAUGGCAGCUGCAAAUAUAAAUGAAGUAUCGGAUAAAAUUAUUAUUGACCCACGUCUUGUACAAGUUCAAGCAAACUCAAAAGAAUUGAAUCGUAGGAUAGAAUCAUUUAUUGAACGGAAACGUCAGCAAGUAAAUAGUGUAAAUGUGCAAGAGUUUUGUCGUCACAGUGAAAGAAAUGAUAAUGAAAAUUCUUGUGCAAGAGUAGAUGCCAUUCUUAUUCGACGCAAAGAUUCCAAAAGUCAUGUGAAAGUUCACCGAGUAUUUAACACAUGGGGACCUCAAACAAUUGAUCAAUCAAUGUUGUACAAAUCAGUGAUAAAUAAUACGAGUUCUGAUAUUGCUAAUUAUUCUCCUGUAUUGGAUGAUAGAAUUUGCACAACAGAACAUAUAAUAGGAAUUAAUAAACCUGUGCCCAAAGAUAUUUAUGAAAGAUUGAAGAAUAUUGAAGAUAGAAUAUUAUACUUAGAAAGUAUAUCACCAGAAUACAAAGAAUUUUGGCUAACAGAGGAUAUCCCUAACUUAAAGAGUAGUUCAUGUUUCCAAAAAAGAACGUAUUCUAUGGCAGAACUUGAUUUUAAAUUAUAUGAACUAGAAGACAAAUGUGCUAAGAAGACGAAAUAAAAAUUAUUAAGAUGAACUGUGGGAAAAAUUAACGGAAAUAUUAAAUACAGCUGGAUGUGGGCCGUGUAAAUCAGCUAAAGAAUGGACCAAGUUUUAUGUUUUAGGAGCAGUAUAAUAAUUAUUAAUAUUAAUCCCUGUUCUUUGAUAUCCAUGUCCUCGUCCUCUUCCUCUUCCCCUUCUUCUUCCUCUGCUUCCUCGUAUCCCGCGUCCUUUUCCUCCUCGUCCUCCUCUCAUGGCAGAUUGUACAGCUGCAUCAAUAAGACCUUUUAAAUCUUCUCUCUGAAACAAAAAAGUAAAUAUAAUAUAGUAAAUAAU